GCGAGAAGCGGAAGGAGAUGCAGUUCCGGCAAUUAUCAGACAUCCUGGAUAAAUAAUGUUGUUUCCCAGAACUACCAUCUUGCUAUAAACAAUUAUUUGUUCCUGUUUAUUGAUUAUUAGAUGAUGGAUAAAUUUGUUAUAAGAACACCCAGAACUAAAGGAGAAUCAACAAAGAACGAUCCUGGGGAAAAAGUUUAUAAACAAGCUACAAUAGAAUCUCUAAAGAGAGUGGUAGUUGUAGAAGAUAUAAAAAGAUGGAAAUCCAUACUGGAGCUUUCAAUUCAACCUAAGGAGAACCUAAUUGAGGCCUUGAUGGAGUUAAAGAAGAAAAUACCCUCCAAGGAAAUUUUGCUUUCAACGAAAAUAGGUCAUACAGUGAAUAAGAUGAGGAAACACUCGGACCAGGAUGUGGCCACUCUUGCGAAAGAGGUGUACACCGAGUGGAGAAGUUUUAUUAAAAACCACUCAAAUAGACCUUUAAUUGAAGUCAGGAGUAAUCCCAGAACAGAGGGCCUGAGGCAGAAUGCCCGGAAGCUACUAGCAGAAGCUCUAGAACUCGAGAUUGGUCACCUGCUGGCAGAAAAUAUUGAGCAAGAAGCGUUUUAUCUCUCUUCUCAUCUCAUUAGCACGUCCUACCGGAGGACCGUGCGGGCGCUUGUGUUCUCUUUGAAGCACAAUCCUGAAACUCGCGCACAAGUGCAAGACAAUUCCACCCUUGGUAGCCAAAUGGAAAUAAUCCCUUCACUUGGAUUUUUUUUAAAAAAACUUGCUAAAUAAAUUAACCCGUGGAACAACUUCAUCUCAAUCUACGUGACAAGCUCAAAAGGAAGAAAGUCCCUGGAUAACUAGCUUGUCACCAAUCAGAUAUGGAACGUCUCAUUUCAAGCCUGUUCAUUUCACAGAGAAGUGAUUAAAUCAUUGAUUCUCUUAUGUUCCAAUCUUUGAUGUACGACACAUAAUUGAAGUGCAGUCCUUUUUCCUUGUGGUGAUACGAUGUGCUGUUUGGUGAUAAUUUACCUAGCUUGGCAGUGACUGUGGGGUUAUUUGGAGCUGCUUUUUCCGUGCCACUGCUUCCUUUUCUGCCUCAACAUCCCCUCUUGCUUCUUAGAUGAAAGAGGAUUCUUGUAUUGUUCUAAAAGAAUUGCUUUCUGUUAGCAAUUAUGAAGCCAAAAAUGGACAGCAUGCCAAUCUAUACAUGCAAAUAUUAUUUCAGCCUAACCACAUGCUCAAUGGAAUUGAUCCACUUCAGAUCAAUGGGAUAUCCUGCAAUGCUAGGCACUCUUAUCUGGGAGAAGAUUUACUUCUGAUUGGGCAUAUAUACAAUUUCACUUUUUCUCUGUAAACUUUGUAAACCAACAUAAAUAUUAGUCAAUUCAUUCUUGUGCACUUAUGUUCACAAAUAGAUUUGAUCUUAUAGCUUCAUAAACCAGGUCUUCUAUGAGUACAAUACAGUGUUUGUGCAAUUGCAAUAGAGGGGCAUGUUUUUUUUUUUAAUAAUGGUGUAUUAAAAGCCUAUUGUAAAAUUACAUUAAUAUAUUGCUUCUGCAGCUAACACAACCUAUAGGUAGCUUUUUCAGUCAGUGUCAAUAAAGCCUAGAAAAUGUCUAAGUAAACAUUAGCAGUACAGGGAGCUACAUUUUCCCAACGUCCUUUUUAAAAGCUGCACUUUUUGCUUGAAAAUUAAUAAUAGAGAAAAGAUCCCUCACAUUGUUGUCCCUUAGAAGCUUGAAUGGAGAACAAGUUACUGAAAAUUGUUUUUAAUUGUUUUCAUUGUAUUAGUGGUACAAUUAACAUCAAAGUAUUUACAGCAUUUGUCCGGUCUAGAAUAUAUCUUAAGAUUGCAAUUUUAUUUAUGAUAUUGCCAACUACCAACAUCCAUGAGCAGCUUGCGACGGAAAAAAAAAAUAAGGGGAAAAGUACUAAAAUAACAUUUUAAACUAAAA